AUGGGGCCGGGGGGGAGGAAUGCUGCGGUCACGGGGAUCGCUGUGAGGAGAUCAAGAUCGGGCUGCGCGCGGCGUGCGGGCUGCCGUUCAAGGGCGGGACGCCGGGUGCAGAAGCUGCUGUCACGGCGCCUCAAGCGCGGCCGCACACCUCCAUGCGACUGCGCGUCCGCCCGCGGCCUUCGAGCCGCAUCCGUCUGCGCCGAGCUGCAGGCCUGCAUCGUCCCCCACGACCCCGCCGCCAAGCGCCGCUACGUCCUCCGCUCCAUCCACGACCCCAACUACGCCGUCCGCUUCGCCGACCGCUCCGAGACCGACUGCAUCGCCUUGCAGGGGUCGAGGAGCUCGCAGGUGGCGUGCGCGCUGAGCCGGGCGCAGCUGCAGGACGGGUACGUGGCGUACCCGUGGGAGAGGAAGAUGAGGGAGGCGCUGCAGACGGCGGCGCGGCCGAGCUCCAGCAGGUUCCUCUCGGCGCUCAUCCUCCCCCGGGCGCUCGACCCCGCCGCCUCGCGCUACAGCUCCCUCGACGACACCCUCGCCCGCGCCGACGCCUGGCUCCGCUCUGCCCAGGCCUCCGGCGUCCCCAUCGUCUUCACCAACGUCCAAACCGAAGCCCUCCUGACCAAGAUAUCAGGGGAGACGGCCUCCGCGACGGUAAACUCGGGAUCGUUGGCCGACCUCUCCAACCUCGCGAAUGCCAGCCUGUACGGCUUCGAGGACUACCACGGCGUCGACAUCGGAGUCGUGAAGGCCGUUCGGCUCUGGUACGCCCCUGCCGCCGGAGAACUGGCGGUGGAGAUUAGGCUUCGGAGCGGCGACACAAAGCUGGGCUUCGCCAUCGGCCGCACCGAAGAGGGUUUUAUCUACAUAUCUUCUGUGACCGAUGAUGACGGCCAAGACGGCGGCGAGGUCCCCUCAAUGCGAUCGGGGCUCAGAGAUCGCUACAACGAAGCGAGGCGCGCGUCGAAGCUCCUCGUGAUUUCGCGGGUGUCUGGCGAGAAGGUGCUCCCCUGGAUGGUAUCGUCGUCGGGAGCCGUCCGCUGCUUCGACACCAUCUCCCUCAGCCAGAAGCUCUCAUUGCACCGCCACGCCCUGUGCCCCAUCCUCCUCCACCUGCUCGCGUGGGAAAAGCCCGUCGUCAGCAGGGUGGUGGCACGGGCCCUGUCGGUGCAGCCGCCGCCGUCGGAGCUACCACUGAGCUUAGUCCCCACACCUGCUGCUGCCGAGUCUCAGCUAGGGUUGUUAGACACCGCAGCGUGGGAAAAGCCCGUCGUCAGCAGGGUGGUGGCACGUGCCCUGUCGGUGCAGCCGCCGCUGUCAGAGCUGCCACUGAGCUUAGUCCCCACACCUGCUGCUGCCGAGUCUCAGCUAGAGUUGUUAGACACCGCAGGGAACGUGUCCUUCAGAUUUCAUGAUAACUCCCCGCCAAAUAGUAGCUGGGUCUAAAGGAACAGGGACUUUUCUGUAGUUGUACAUUUUCAAUGUACAUGUGUGUUAAAGCGAGCUUCUGUUUUUAAUACCUAGCUUAAUUUAAUUACUCCUUGUUUUUUAUGUUUA